AACUAAAGCGUUAGAAAACAAAAGAAAAAGGAAAUCAACUUUCCCAAAAAUUUGUGCCAUGCCUUAGCUUUCUCGCAUUGUGGCAUUAUUUAAGGAGAAAGUGAGUGGAAUUUGUUUUGUUGGGAGUGGGAGUAGCUGCUGAUUGCUAUCACCUACUUUAUCAUUAAUUAUAACAAAUCCUUCCCCUCUUUAAAACUAUCUCAAAAAACAGAGCCAAAGAAAAGAAAUGGGAACUUUGGCACCAGUCUCCGGCGGUGCAGCCGCGGCAGACAAAGAGAACGGUGGUGCUCACGUCCAGUCCACGCCGGAGCUUGACGCCGGAGCUCUCUUUGUGCUUAAAUCCCGAGGAUCAUGGUUACAUUGUGGAUAUCACUUGACAACAUCAAUAGUGGCUCCGGCACUUCUAAGCCUUCCAUUUGCGUUAAGUAUGCUUGGUUGGGUCGGUGGAAUUAUAAGCCUUCUGUUUUGUGGUGCCGUUACUUUCUAUUCCUACAACCUCUUAUCUAUAGUUUUAGAGCAUCAUGCUAUGCAAGGUUCACGUCUACUUAGAUUUCGAGACAUGGCUACUUUUAUUCUUGGACCCAAAUGGGGCAGCUACGUUGUGGGUCCGAUUCAAUUUGGAGUGUGUUGUGGUGCUGUCGUUUCGGGAAUUGUCAUUGGUGGCCAGAACCUUAAGUUUAUUUACUUGCUAUCAAAUUCAGAUGGGACAAUGAAGUUGUACGAAUUCAUCAUCAUAUUUGGAAUGUUAAUUCUAAUAUUGGCUCAAGUUCCAUCUUUUCACUCUUUAAGGCACAUCAACCUUCUAUCCCUCACUCUCUCCCUUGCUUAUAGUGCUUGUGUAACUGCUGCCUCUUUAAAAUUAGGUUAUUCCAAGAAUCCACCUUUAAGAAAUUACUCUCUUAAAGGGUCAGAAGUCAACCAGUUAUUAAAUGCCUUCAAUGGCAUUUCAAUUAUUGGUACUACGUAUGCGUGUGGAAUUCUUCCGGAAAUACAGGCAACUUUAGCAGCUCCAGUGAAAGGGAAGAUGUUCAGAGGGCUAUGCCUUUGCUACACAGUGAUAGUUGUUACAUUUUUUAGUGUAGCAAUAUCAGGAUAUUGGACUUUUGGAAACGAGGCCAUGGGAACCAUUCUUGCCAAUUUGAUGGGCCACACAAUCUUGCCCUCUUGGUUUCUCAUCAUCACCAAUAUCUUUUGUCUCUUGCAAGUCUCUGCCGUCACAAGCGUUUAUUUACAACCAACUAAUGAAGCAUUUGAGAAGCAAUUUGCAGACCCAAAUAAAAGACAAUUUUCAAUACGUAACGUAAUACCAAGAUUAAUAUCACGAUCAUUGUCGGUUGUGAUUGCAACAAUAUUGGCAGCUAUGUUGCCUUUCUUUGGAGACCUAAUGGCAUUAAUCGGAGCAUUUGGAUUCAUUCCUCUCGACUUCAUCAUGCCCAUGCUUUUCUAUAAUGCCACUUUCAAGCCCUCUAAGCGUGGUUUUGUAUUUUGGACAAACACUUUAAUUGUCGCAAUUUCAUCCGUCUUGGCUAUAAUCGGGGGCAUUGCAUCCAUUCGACAAAUUGUUUUGGAUGCCAAAUAUUAUCGUUUAUUUGCUAAUAUAUGAAUCAGAUUUUAUAUUUAAAUACAUAUGCAUAUAUUCGAUGAAA